GAUGCACUGUUUGUAAACAUUAGGCAAUGAUUUGACGAUUACUUCAAGUGUUGACUGAAUUGCGAAUACAUUUUGAUUACAAUUAUGGAUCACUUGGAAGAAGACAUCUUAACCACACUUAAGAUCCUUAUAAUCGGCGAAUCCUUUGUGGGAAAGUCGAGUUUGUUAUUGCGUUUCACUGAUGACACGUUCGCCACAGAAAUGCCCGCAACUAUUGGAAUGGACUUCAAGACGGCGCGUAUGGAAGUGGACUCAUCGGUGGUAAAGCUGGCCAUUUGGGAUACGGCCGGAUCCGAGCGCUUCCGAGCCCUUACGCCCAACUUCUAUCGCGGCUCUCACGGAGUGAUUCUCGUGUUUGAUGUGACCAAUAGAUCCACGUUUGAGAAGUUAGACAAUUGGCUGCAAGAAGUGGACGCUUACACGCAAUCGGAUGUCGUGAAGAUGUUAAUCGCCAAUAAAAUUGAUAAAGAUGGCCGAGUGGUGAGCCGUGAAGAGGGCGUUGAGUGGGCGCGAAGACAUCACACACUGUUCAUCGAAGCCAGCGCUAAGACUAAGGAAGGCGUCGAAUGCGCUUUCGAGGAAUUGGUCCAAAAGAUUAUCCAAACACCCGGUCUUUGGUCAGCGAAUGAAUCAAAUAUUCAAUUAUCAAAUCAAACGGAGGGAGAAAAGAGUUGGUGUCAGUCCUGGUACACGUUUACGGACCCGAAAAUUGUCUGCUAUUACAGCGCUUGGGCUGUAUAUCGAGAGAAACCUAUGGCUUACGAUAUUGAAGAUAUUCCGGCAAACCUUUGCACUCAUUUAAUCUACUCUUUUAUUGGUUUGGAUAAUAAGACAUACGAAUUAAGAAACAUUGAUCCCAUUUAUGACAUCGAAAAGAAGGGAUUCGAACGGUUUGUCGGUCUUCGCAAAAAUUACCCCAAACUUAAGAUAAUGAUAGCGAUUGGCGGAUGGGCUGAAGGGGGCAAACAGUACUCGGAAAUGGUUGCCGAUCCUAACAAAAGGGAGCGAUUCAUUCAACAAGUGGUCGAUUGGCUUAACAAAUAUAAUUACGAUGGCUUUGAUCUCGACUGGGAAUAUCCCGGAGCCGGUGAUAGACAGGGUUCCUAUUCUGACAAACAAAACUUCUUAGAACUCGUAAAGGAAUUAAGAGAAGAGUUUGAUAAACAAAGCCGUAAAUUACUGUUGACGGCAGCCGUUCCCGUCGCUAAGUUUCGGCUACAGGAAGGCUAUGAAGUAUACGAGUUGGCACAAUUGUUGGAUCAAAUCCAUUUGAUGACAUAUGAUCUUCGGGGCAGUUGGACAGGCUUUGCGGACGUCCACUCACCGCUAUACAAGCGACCCAUCGAUGAAUGGGCUUAUGAGAAGCUCAAUGUGAAUGACGGCACAAACUUAUGGCACACAAUGGGAGCCCCGAAACAUAAACUGAUUGUUGGCGUUCCCUUCUAUGGCCGGACCUAUACGUUGGGCGGUAAAGACAAUCACGGACUCAGAGCACCCAUUCAGAGGUGGAAUUCUAAUAAUGGAGGCGGAGAACCCGGACUAUAUACUAAUGCAUCAGGCUUUUUGGCUUAUUAUGAGAUAUGUGUGGAAACAAAUGCUGGCAAAUGGACCAAAGAGUUUGAUGACAUCGGGAAGUGUCCGUACGCUUAUCGGGACACCCAAUGGACUGGUUAUGAAGACGAGAAUAGUAUUGGCAUUAAAAUGGAUUUUAUUAAAAGCGAAGGCUAUGGCGGAGGAAUGAUUUGGGCCAUAGAUUUGGAUGAUUUCACGGGUGUUUGCGGCGGAAAGAAGAAUGCGUUGCUUAAUGUUAUGAACGAUAAACUAAAAGGCUAUCAAGUGUUAGUUCCCGAUCCGUCCAAACUGACCACAACGGCUAAACCGGGCAAUCAGUGGUGGCCGACCACCACAACAAAGAAAGCUAAGGUAACCAAACCAUCUGUAGUCUCCGAUACACCAACUGUGACGACAACUGUCAAACCCAAACCAACAAAGCCAUCGGUUGUGUCCAUUACACCAAACGUGACCACAGCUGUCAAACCCAUACCAAACAAACCAGCGGUUGUAUCCAUCACUGGUAGCACAACUCCAAACACCACUCCGAGCACUACUCCGAGCACUACUGCCAGCACUACGAGUAACACCACUCCUAUGAGUAGUACAAUUAACACAUCCACUGAAAGGCCAAAGCCAUCGACAGAAGCGGCGCCGACGUCUGUCACUGACAAAUGCGCGGAAGAAGGCGUUCAGUUUGUGGCCCACUCUAACUGUAAGCUAUAUUACUGGUGCGUUCACGGGAUGCCUGUGUUACAGACCUGUCCACCCGACACAAUAUGGGACACAACCAGUAAUAGAUGCGAGUGGUAUAACGCUAACAAAAAGGACUACACGUGUAAUAUUGAAAACCAAUUGUAA